CACGCGCGCGCACACACACACUCACACACACCCUCUCCCCUCCCCCGCUGCCCAAAGGUGUCUCGGAGGAAAAAGCCCGGGGUCCACGCUCCCCCCACCCCCGUCUUUCUGAGGUCCAGCUUUUACUGCAUUCCGCUUAACCGAAUAACCAUGCUAAUUAAGCGAGUAAUUUUAUUGAUUGUAACUCAAGAGUUUUUUUUUUUUUUUUUUAAAUAACCUUCCUUUUCUCCUCUCUCCCAUCCCCCCAUGCGUCUUUCAGUCCAUUCUUUUGAAUGUCGUCCCCCACUCAGCCCCAGCGGGACCGGCCCCCCACCCUCAAGCAUUGUGCCACAACCCCAGACUGGCGUCCCGGAGCCCCGGGCGCCCCUCGACCGCCACCGGCAUCACCUGGGCCGCUACGCCGCAGUGCCUGGCCUGCUGUCCCCGAGCCCGGAGCUUCCUAGUGAGGCUGGAACAAUCACCCCGCCCCCCAAUCAAAUUCGCCCAGGAUCUUCCUCUGCGGAUUGGGGGCUUUGGGGGAGGGGGCUCAGAGUCAGAAAUUGUUUUCUCUCGGCCUCCCAAAUCGGCCACGACGUUUCUCCAUUCAGCGCCUGCCCUGGAUCACCUAACCAAGGCUGGUCUCCGCGUGGCACCCAGAUCGACCCUGCAGGAAGGGAGCAGAGACCAAACACAGCGCAGCUUUCUCCUGUGUCUGGGUCCCAGCAGACCCUGGUCCUCGGUCUUCCAUCCCCACCUCUAGCAAGGCCGACUUAAAAUGACCCUCCUCUCCCUUUUCCUCUACCCCUCCCGUCGUGAAAUGUCUACUCCAGGGUGAAAUCGCAGACAAUUUCAAACUCUGAGAGGAGCAACCGAGCACGCGAUAUAAACUGUACACCACCAUGCACGUGCGACCAAAGUCUCUGCCAUCCUCCAUUUCGAAUACUUUCUCCUUAUUUCCGAAAUACGAAUUGUUUUAAUGCUUGGUCUCAGCUCCAAUAGAAAGGAGGUAUUCUUAAUUGUGAACUUUGCAGAAAAUCAAAAUCUUUUUUUAAGUCAUCCCACCGUGACAACAAAGCGAUUAAGAUGUUUUCUAUUUCGUAAAUACCAUUUAAAUUGCUAUAUUUUAUGCUCUGGGUUCUACACUGUCUUAUUUGCACACUAUUUUGUGUCUGAUUUAAUCUAUAACCGAAAACAUAAUGUAUUAAGUGAAUACAUAUUUGCUCAGGUGAUAAGCUUUUUUUAAUAUUUAUUCGGAGAAUUUUGCAUUGUAAAUAAACGGGACUACACAAAGACUUCUCUUUGUGUUCAAACUGCAUACAAAGGGGUUUGAGGCUCUCUUCCCUCUGGGGAGUUUCACUCUCCCCGGGUCCAACAAAUAACUCGCCUCUCCACCGCGCCGGCCUGCUCAGCGAUCGCCAGGGCGCGGGAGGCGCAGGCAAGGCCCAGGCGCUGCCGGCGCCAGGGUUAGGGGAGGGGCUGCCCAGGACCGGUGAGGAACUUGCGCGCCCCUACCCAGGCCGGCGCCUCUCGAACCCCGGAGGGCGCUGAGGAGGACAAAGGGAAAGAAGGAAGGGGAGGGAGGUCAGGAACCUGCCGCUUCAAAGGCGCCGAGGGCCGGAGUGGGGUCGGAGGCUGCGCGCGCGGUACAAGGCUUCGCGACGGCCUCCGGGGAGUCGUGUGCGCUGGGCUUUUGUUCUGCGCCCCCACCCCCAGUAAGACAUUUCAAAGUAGGAGCGAAAGUGGGGGCUGCACGCGAUUCUCGGGACGCGGGCUUUGAGCUCACGGAGCAGCUUUACUCUCCACCCCCUGCGGGCCGAUCGCUGGCUCGUUUGUGCCUUUCUCACAAGCCCACUAGACUUUCUACGCAAACAAGGGCUGGAUUAUGUCGCCAGUACCCGCUGCUGCGCUUCUGACCGGACUGGAGGGGACUUUUCUUUGUGUUCCGUCCUGCCGGAGAGCUGCCGCGCCGCCCAGGUCUGCUGGCUCCCUGGGCCUGGGAAAGCCGGCUCAGUACGGAACGAGGAGGGACAGCCACCGGGGCCACCGAGCGAGGGCCGAGGCCCGGAGCUGCGAUGCAGCAGUCCCCGAGUCCCGAGGCUCUGAGGCCUCCACGCGCCCAAUCUCCGGACAAGACACCGCAAUGGACCCCGGACAGGGUUGCACCGGAGGAAACAGAAAGUGGCAGAGAGCCCCGCGCGGCCGAGAGUCGCCGAUAAGAACAGGUCUAAAGUACCCGGACCCCAAAAAUCCUCCCCCGGAUGCUGGGCGUGACCCCCAGAGCCGCAGUUCCUUCAGAGGCUUGGCCAGCACUGAAUAAAAAGAACAGCCUUACGCCAUAAACCUGAAGCCGUGUCCACGCCUGGGGUCUGUCUGGCAGGUGACCUGGAUGCAAGAAGGCCCAACUUCCAAGCGCAGAGGCCGGAUUGUCUUGCUGUACCUCCACUCCCAGGCCGCCACCCACUCGCACCCGAGCCGGAGAAUACACUUGGGUCUGAGGAGUGGCCACACAAACUCCAUGAAUGCUUGCCUGGCCCUUCCUCCCUCUGCCUGAGAGGCAGGGAGAUGGACCUUUCUUCUCCAGCCAUCUAUCUGUCCGCUCUCAAUUUUAUCUCCCUCUGCCACGCUCCGCAGCGCAGCAACAAUCGAAAUGAAAAUCAAGGCUCUGUUGCUAAGAUAAGGAUUUACUUUUUUCAUCAGCUCCUAGAUUUUAAAAAUAUCCUCACUUGAUAAUUUUAGGGUGGUUGUCAUGGUGUGAAAACCGUGCUUAGCAUUUCUCAGCGCCUGUCCUUACAUAUUCACAAAAUUUCUCACUACAAUGGAAAACAGCCUCUAAACAAUUCUCUUUAUCAUAAUCAGAACCAAAACCACUUUUAAAAAUAUUCUGCAAGCAAAUAUUUCGGUUAGAAUUUGGUUGCCUACCCAAAUGUUAUUUAUUUUCAAGGAGUAGAGGUGAUGUCUUAGUGGCGAUGAAUACAUAAUUCCUGCUCCUCUUUUUCCGCGUUUGUUGGGGGGGGAUAUUUAAGUAGAUGCCAAACAACACCGCCAGACUCCUUUGGAUUUCUCCUGUCUCUUUCCGGAGCGGACACAAAGGAGUUAAACCUGAGAUCUGUGGUCGCCACUCUUUCCCCGCCUUCCUCGCUUCUGCGGAACCGCCAUGAUUGGUUGGCACUCGGCCAGCGGGCUGUCCAUCACCAAGUGUAAACAAGGCGCUGAUUGGCUGUUAUCCAGUCCGCACAGGGCCUCCUGAAAAAAGCAAUUACUGGCUCCGCGGUUUCAAGGCUGCCCAAGGCCGCUUGAUGAAAGGAGAUAAACCGAGGACCGUUUCCAGGAUCCCCGCGGGCCGACCCAGGCGGCUCCCGAGCCGAGGUGCGGCGGAGAGCCCGGGGAUCAAAGGCAUCUGGAGAGAAAGGGGAAGCGAGCGCACUGCCGGGCCGGCCUGGCCCCCCGCGGGCCGCGCUGACCUGGGGUGGGGGCGGCGGGCGGGGACUCCGGGAUUUCCCGCCCGUUCGGGACGGGGCCUCGGCCGGCGCCCGCUCCAGGUAAGCCCGGGUCUCGGCGCGCUGCGCCAGGCCGCUGGACAGGGCACGCGAGCCUGGCUGCGGGCUGGGGACCCCAGCGGUCAGCGGGGACUGGGUCCUCGCCAGCGCGGUGGCCGCGGCGCCGGGGAGCGCGAGCUGCGGGGAGGCUCAGCUGCUGGAGAUCGGAUGAGCGCGCGGCUGUUCGCUACGCGAUCCAAGCAGGCCAGCCUGUGCGGGAUGGGCGAGGACGCCGGCCCGCGGUGCGCGGUGGUGCCCCGACGGCCAGCACAGGUCCUGCCAGGCUUGAGAGGAGCUUCGCUGCUGCAGUCCCGCCCGGCGGCGGGCAGCCGUUUCCCGCUUCGCACGCAUGAGGAGGAGCGUCCCGGCUCGGGAGAAACCGCUGCGAGCACCCCUGUCCGCUCACGGUCGGCGCGCGCAUCCCUGACAAGCCGUGUGGCCCCCAAAGUGAAGCUGGCUUCAACCCUCAGAGACACCUGCUUCCACUGCUGGCUGUGCCAGGCCUGGCUUGGAAGGAAGUGCCGUGGCUGCAGGGUUACAGAUUUCAGUGUGUGCAAAUAUGUUCACACAGGGCACAUGGCAGGCUGUGUCUGGGGUGAUUCUCUGGAGCCAGAUUUCUGCUGCCUGGUCUCACCGUGCUGGGGACUCCUUGGAUGCAGCUUUGCUGAACUCGGGGUCCAGGGCUUGCAGUUCUGCCCCUCUUGCCAUCUCAGUUCUUCCGGCUCCUUACCCCCCAGUCCUGUCACCCGACCGUCUCCUGUUCUCUUCCUUUCAACCUCCCAUACUGUGACAAGCCCGGCUUUAGCCAGACUUCGCCACCACCGUUUCUGCCCCACAGAGGGGACCUGGUUGGAACACCCCACAGCCAUGGGACACUCUUGUUCUGGAGCUCUGCCUCCCUCUACCCCUAGCUCUCUGGUGGUAGUCCCGCUUUGGGCCUAGGACUUGACACUCAGCAGAAGACCCCUUCCUGGGGGUUUCCACCAGUGGUAUGAGACGCACACUGUCCUCUUUCUCUCUAAUUUCUGGGGAGAUUUGAGCCCUUGGCUUGGUUACCUUCAAUAUUUAUAAGCCAAAUAAAAUUUCCCUCCAAGUUCCCACUGAGCAUCAGGUCCUGUGGCAAAGCUCUGUCUCAAGCCUGGAGGCAAAUGGGCCACCUGAUUGCUGGCUCCUGGCUGAAGUGUGGCAUGGCCACCGUCUCUUUUUGUUAACAGGACAGUUGAUCCAUUAAAUUAAAAAUAAGUCAAUAGAUCCAUUUUUUCCUAAUGCGUGUGAAUACACAUAACACCCUAAUUCUCAGACAUCAAUGCCAGCAGGGAUAGGAGACUUCCAGGGGACAUUUCCACAAGUGGCCCCAAAAGGAAACUACCGGGAUAACCUCUUCACCAGAAUCCAGGAUGGCCAGAGAAACCUGCCUAGGGGCCAUCACUGAGCGCUCCAAUUCUCCCACCCACUUUCUAGCAUACUCCACCUGGGCAGAUGCUGCAGCGCAGAAUGCAGAGCUCUGUACCAGUCCCAGUGUGGCACUGGGAACCCAGCGUGAGACCUCUUGCGCUUCCCUGCACACUACAAGGGAGGCACAAUUCGAGCGAACGGGGUAGCAGGAUUUUCAGAUGCAAACAAAAAGCCUCCAGAGGUGGGCGGUUAAAAAAAAAUCAAAGCCUCUACGUCCGAGUCAUAAACAAAAGCUCUUUGGAAAUGCCGCGGCGGGGAGCGUAUCUCUCUCGUGGAGCUAGCUACCCGGACCCGCAUCCGGAGAAGGAGUGGGCAGGCGCGGGUGUCACCACCUGCUCGUCGCUCAGUCCUGUCCCCGAGAGGAGGAAAGCGGCCAGAGGCACCAUAACCACAAAUUUAUGGCCUGGGUGACGUGCUUUCCUCUCCCACAAUGGGGCCUGGUGACAUUAAACAGAAAAUUGAUGAGAGGGAAGCGAAAUCUAAUCUCUUUCUCUUCCACAUCGGCUCUUCGCGCUUUUCGGGGAGGGGGUUGGGGCGGGAGGAAGACAGUGGUUGCCUGGAGUUUAGAGCCUGGGCCAGAGGCUUCUUUCCAUCUGGUUUCUCAACACGGGUAGGCUGGGGGGACUGCGACACUUCAUAGCCUGCCCACUCGCAGCUGCAUUUCGGGUGGGAUUUUGGAGCCAGGCACCCGAGUGGAAUGUGCUCGGAGGCCCCGGACCCAUGGGACAUCUCCGGUGCUCGCCCAAGCCCCGGCUCCCAAGAACACCCCAUCCAGAGCAGAGCACCCCGCCCCCACCUUGGACACUAGCGCCCACUCCCCUCCGCUGCCUGCUGCACGGUUCCCCCGGGGCGCACCGGGUACCUCCUGGCACUGAACUGCGCUGAGUCCUUAAAGGAGCCGCUCUUCUUCAGCCUUUGUUAGAGCGUCUAGGGGAAGGUCACUCCAAGAGGAUGCCAGGACAAUGCCCUAAGGGGCCCGGUGGGGAAACCUAGGCCCAGCUGCCCCGGGCCACAUAUUACCUAGACGCUCCGGGCUAGGUGAUGCCACCUGGGCUGUGCUGGCACAACUGACUGAGGUCUGAGCUUUCAGUGAGAGCGCCCCUGGGCUCCAGGGGGUGAGGCUUGAGCCAACUCAUACCUUGCUUGCCUCUUGGACCUAUAUGAGAAUGUGAGUGUCAGAUCUACCUCUGUGAACACUCCAGACUUCUCAGGACCCACCUAGGGAGAGGAUGAUUCGCAUUUUACAAUCACUAAAUUAAGGCAGUUUGACAAGUAACUUGUCCUCACCCAGGAUCUGGAUAUGUAGACGCUUGGUCCUGGGUCCUGACACUCAUGGAGUUCCGUCAUUCACCUUGAUAAGCCAAGAACAGAAAUAUGUGGGCCUAGAGACCAGCAUUGGGUGUAUUGGACCACCACACCCAAAGAAGAAUGUUCCAGAAGUCCAUUUUCCGGGAUCAGCCCCUCUGAAGGCUACACUCAGCACCCUGUCUGAGUCCCUGGGAUAAAGCCUAGCAGGGCAGUUCUCCCUCUCAGAGCCUGGAGGAAUAGCUGAUAUACAGUGGGAAUCUGGAAGCCAGAUUCCAAAGGGUCAGGUUGGCCUGAAACCAACAAGGUUACGUUUAACAGGCUUGAAGUGAACCUCUACUCCUAGGUUCAAAAAUCGGUUGUAAAAAUGCAAGCAGCUUCCUGCUGUGGACAGGAGGAGCCAACCGCAGCUGCUGCACCAUUCAGGCUGGGGACACACACACACACACACACACACACACACACACACACACACACACACACACACGCCUAUUCCCAGCCAGCCCCCUUGUGAAUCUCCCUGAGUGCCUGCAGCUGAGGCUGGCCCCAAGGGUGGGGGCUCCCAGGAUGUCUGACCCAGAGCUUCUGAUGUCAGGCCCUCUGGGGGAGGGGACGCAGCUGGCGACAGCAGAGAAUGGGGUCCUUGUGCCACUGUCAUCAGGCCCAGGGCUUCGAUGAACACGGCUUUGUUCGAACCCACACCCCGUGGUGACCACGGGACCAGAGGAUCAGUGGGUCUCAGAACGAGAACUGCCUGCCUUUUGGCUUUUUGGCCUUUCGGCCUUGGUUAACUCUUAAACAGAUAUUGGCCGCAGUCUCCCCAGCCAUGUGCCGAGGGGCAGGCAGGAGAGAUGAAAAUUCAGCCCGAAGUCUAAGGGUGGUGCAUGUGGAGGUCAGAGACAUUCUUGGGAAUCAGUUCUGUCUUUCUACCUUCACGUGAGUGCCAGGAAUCGACAUCAGAUUGUCAGAGUCAGAAGAGGGCCACCGGAUUCCCCUGGGACUGGAGUUACAGACAGUUGUGAAUCACAGUGUAGCUGCUGAGAAAUGAACCUGUGUCCUCUGCCAGUGCGACAAGUGCUCUUCACCACGGAGCCAACUCUCCAGCCAGGGUCGGACGUCAUCCUCUCAAACUUCCUUCUCGACUUUGGGGCAUCUUUCCUGAUAGUGGAAAGGGAUCCUAAAUUCAAAAUUCCAUGGCGGAGCCAGCUCGAAUCUGCAGACAUACUCUGGCCCCAGAGCCCGGGUCCUGCAGCUUGCGGGUUUGCAGUAUCUUCUCCCGGGAGAGCCUCCCCUUCGGCCCCACCUCCCAGAUCAGCUAUUGGCCAAGCUGCGCACCGCCCACGCGACGCCAUUGGUUUGCACCGGCUGCCCAGACAAAGGGAGCGGCCGCUGCGGGAGGCGAUUGGGCGGAGCUAGGCGGGCGCGCAGGACCGGGCGGGGACGCUGCCCUCGCGGAGGCGGGGCGGGGGCCUCCACGUGGGUGGGGCUGGGCGCCCCCCGAGGGCCGUGGCCGCGGGGCGCUGGUAGCUCGCCCGCCCCUCCGCCGGGUACCCCUCCCGCCCGGGGCCUCUGCCUGGACCGCGGCUGCAGCCGCCUCUUCCCGGAGGCCUCAGAGUUCGUCCCGGUCUCGCCGUUGGGAACGUGGACACGCAGGAGCCUGGAUGCAGAAGGGCGCGCGGGAGCCUGUAGCUGCAGCGCGAGCCGCAGUCCUGCGUCCAGGCCGCACCACUCUCUCCUGAUCCCGAGGAAGGGCCACGGGGAACCCUGCGCGCGGACGGCGGCCUGAGAGCUGGCGCGGGCCUUGGCGCCAGAAAAUGGAUCCUGCUCCCGGAGAGGCGGGCCAGUGUCCCGCUCCUGCUUCCUGGAGAAUUAGCCCGGCGGUGUGCGUGGCCGGGGAGGGAGGGAAAGGCCUUGGGGCGCCUAGCCGGGCGGGGAGUGGCUUCUGGGGGGCUCCCUCGCCUACGGAGGGCCCGCGAGACUGCCCUCGGAGCGCCUCCAGGUACGUGCGAUCUCCCUGUUUCCCGCUCGCCCGGAGCGUACUCUGGGCAGGGGACGAAUAAGAACCUAGGAGGUGUGUGCGAGAUUUCGCAGCAAACGUGCCUUUCAGAGGGGUCCUGGGACGGCAGCCGAACUCGGGGUAGCCCUUCCGGGCUCUCCACCACCCGCAGCGCGGGUCCUGGAGGCAGCCCCUGUGGAAGCGCGCGUCGCUCUCCUCUGAGUCCCACGGGAUUCACCCAGGACACCCUGGGUGCCACAGCACGAUGGCUCUGUUUCACAGUCGUUCAUACGGUUAUCCCCAACCCAGAAACCCGGGGUUCUCGUUUUCAGAUCCGGGGUGUUUACUUUGAAGGUCUAGGGGCCCCAUUGGGGGGAACUCGCAGUGGGGAGCCCUGGCCUUGGCUACUGCUGGGUGGGUGACCAGGAACGAACUCCUCCUGGACCCGGGAACCUCAGAUUUGCGCGGUCAGGAGACACCCGCGGCAGACAGGAUUUUUUUUUUUUUCCGGGUCAGAAGAGCCUGGUAGCGGGCCUGGAGCGGCCCCGUCCCGUCCCCUCCCCCAUACCCACUUCAAACAAAAGAGCUCCUCGGAGAGUAGUUUUUAGGGGGAGAGCGCUCCUCAAUGUGGACGCGCAGUUCUCCCCGCCCCCGUUCCUAGGAAGGACAAGGGUUUUGUACGUGUGUUUAAAACAAAGGAGAAGCUUGGCGCGAGUUGCAGGGAAAGGGGCGCUUUUAUUUGGAGUUCCUGAAGAAUUCACUUUCUUUUCUCCCCAAAUUAGCCGCAGCUGAGUCAGAAGUGUCCCCACUGUUUUACCUUAUAAUGGGAUUUUACGCGGUCUGCUAAGGGUGGCUUCGUGAGACGACCAUUUCAGAAGAGGAAAUGGGCCUCUGACCGGUGGGGUAAAAAACCCCUAUGGAAUGAAAAGUACUCCCAGCCGCUUUGCGCAAGAUUGCAAAGUAAGGUGGGUUUUGUAUUUUGUUGUGUGUUGUUUGUUCCAUCCCCUCCUCCCUGUAAAUUAGAACAAAAGGCCCCCAAGCGAGCAGGACCUGGCGGACGUUUGGAAGCCGCGAGUGGAAUGAAUCUCGUUAUAAAAACCCCGGGACCCCAGGCACACCUACUGUCUGUCUGCAUCGCAGUUUGGGUGGAGGAAGAAUGUGACUCCCCUGCCCAGAGGCGGGUUGGGCACCGAUUUCGCCCUGGAGAGAAGGGUCCCGGCGUUGGGAAGGCCCCUCUUUCUGGGACCGAGCGAGCCCUAACUGGCCACCUUCCGGAGACCCGGGCGUCUGGCUGCCCGCGCGGCGCUCGGCGGGUAGUCCCGCUUCCACCAAAACUCUGGACUUCGUUUCUCUCAAAAUAAAACUCAACAAGCCAUAAAGCCUCCGGACGCCGAUGGAGAAGGCGCCGCGGAUUUAUGGCCCCCCUGAAUUCCCCACUCUCUAAUUAUCCCUGUUUUUAGUUGACUUAUGGGUAGUGACCAAUAAAAUCAUUUUCUAUUUCGGA